AUGAGUUCCAACCGCUCCUCGACCUCAAGUUCGGGCCGUUCGCUGCGGCUUCGGCCGCCGGCCUUGAGUGCUUACCGGCCCGAUCCGAAUGUCCCGUCUUUCUGCCAGCAUGGACAGUACUUCGAGGUCAUCGAGGACGAGGAGAUGCACCGCAUCCGACAGUAUACUACAUCCAGACGCGCGAAUCGCUCGAUCCUGAUCAGCGAAGGCCCGCAGGAGUAUGUGUCCAUCAAGGACAUCCUCAAAGACUUUUGCGCUAGAACCACUUCGCAUGGUAUACCGUUUAUAGGGUGGGUUUCGAAGCUAAAUUUGAAUUUAGUCAUCGUUUUUGGGGUUACUUUUGCCUAUUUGUUGCAGAACCCACUCAUUCUUCGGCCCUUAUAUUUGGUCUUUCAUAACUGCCGUCGCUUUCAUCAUCUUCAUUACUCAAACGUAUCUCACCAUGUCCGAUUAUCUCACCUAUCGUACGAUUAUUGAAAUGCAACUGAAAUUCGAGCCUGCGCCGUUCCCCGCGGCCACCAUUUGCAACUUGAAUGCCUUCAAAUUCAGCGAGCUGAGGAAGUUCAAGGAAAUCGAGGAAGGGGUAGGCUUAUCAAGAAAUCAAUACUUGGUUUAAAUAUUGUUCACAUACAAACUCUAAUUGAAAUUACAGUUUAAAAUGUACGAAGCAGCGAUUGCUCAGACGCGCAAUACAACGGAGGCAGCGCCGGUUCGAAUAAAACGCGAAAACGAGCUUCAAGUCAUAUAUCAACCCGUCUUUGUCCAAUGUGUUUGUAACUCUCCCAACGACCAGUGUGUCCCACAAAGAAAUCCACUCAACGUAAGCUUUAAAGCGUCUUAAAUGAGCCUCCUUUCUAGACCAACACCAGCACCUGUAUAUGUUAUGAAGACGCCAAAACCGGCGAUAUUUGGCCGUGCUAUCCGGCCACUGUCUGGUCCCCGAAGCAAUGUUAUAACUGCUCAAAUUCGCGGACCUGCGAUGACCCGGAGAAAAUGAAUUUCACUCAACUAUUGUUUGUUACUCCUCCAGAAGAAUGUAUUUGUCAGUCCAUCUCGCAUUACUGUAUAAUCAAAGGAGUAAAUGAGGAGAUUCCAUGGUGGGAUCCGGAGAAAUACUUGGUUUAUCCGGCGACCGAUGCUCCAACUCCCCCACCUGCGGAUAGUCAGUUCAAUUUGGGAGAUCUGCGAGAUCGAGGCUCGAUAACCAUCAAGACCAAGGAGAACUUGAUAUUCUUGGUGGCGGCGAUGCCUAAAGACGUCAGAGAAAAAAUUAGCUACAAAUUGAAUGAAUUCGUGUUGAGAUGCUCGUUUAAUGGAGAGGAUUGCGACGAGGAAAGGUAAGAUUUUUUGCUUUUAUUGCAAAUCGGUCAAAUUUUUUAGUAAUCGUAUUUUUGAAAUCCGUAUUUUACAAUUUUCAGGGACUUUCAACUCCACAUGGAUCCUGAAUUUGGAAACUGUUAUACCUUUAAUUUCAACGACUCUGUUGAGUUGAAAAACAGCAGAGCAGGCCCUAUGUAUGGUCUUCGACUGCUUCUCAAUGUAAACCAGAGCGAUUAUCUGCCAACAACGGAGGCUGUGGGUGUCAGAUUGGUUGUCCAUGAGCAAGAUCAAGAGCCUUUCCCCGAUACUUUUGGCUACAGUGCUCCCACUGGAUUCGUCUCCAGUUUUGGCCUUAAAACAGUGAGUUAAAGUCUUCAUGUUUUAUAUCUCAAUAUCAUAUGGCUUAUUGAUGAUAUUAUUAAUUUUUUCUUUUAGAAAGUCCUCCAUCGCUUAGAUGCACCAUAUGGAAAAUGCAGCGACACUUUUCGACCUGAUAACUACAUUUAUGCCGAGCAUUAUUCUCCGGAAGGAUGUUAUCGCAACUGCUUCCAACAGAUGAUUCUAGAGCGUUGUGGCUGCGGCGAUCCCCGGUUUCCGCUGCCCACCGAGAACGAUCACACUUGUGACAUUCGGAACAUGAAUGAUCGGCUUUGUCUGACAAAUGCUACCUCCAUUUUGGGAGGGUUUCAUCGUCUAACCCACAAGAAUUGCCAUUGUGUCCAACCGUGUACGGAGAAUGUGUUUGAGACGGCUUAUUCGGCUGCGGCCUGGCCAGCUCUCAAUUUUAAAUUUGGCGAUAAUUGCACGGACAUCCCGGAGAUUGCAAAUGAUCCUGUGGUAAGAAGACUAUCUGCUGUGUAUUUCGUAUUUUUCAUUUGUUAGGCUUGCACCGAAUAUUACCGGCUGAAUACUGCCUAUAUUGAAAUUUACUAUGAACAAUUAAACUAUGAGACGUUGAAAGAGACUGCUGGCUAUACGGUAAGUUACGUGGAUCAUGUUUAAAAUACGUUACGUCAAAGUCAGUGGCGAAAAUUUAUGAUGACAAUUCCAGUUGGUCAACUUGUUCUCCGAUCUUGGCGGUAACAUCGGACUUUGGAUUGGAUUUUCUUUGAUUACUGUACUCGAGUGUGCAGAGCUCUUCUGCGAAUUGUUUGUAUAUACCUGUAAGUUUGAUAAGAAUUUUUUUAUAAAGGAGAUGUUGGCGAUAAAAAAUUUUGAUGACAUUUUACGUAGCUGGAGUCUAAGGUUUAGAAAUUUAUAAUGGAAGGCUGUGAUCUUGUUAUGUCUUAUAAAAAAUGAUAAAUUCAAAUAGAAAGUUGCCCAAAAAUCAUGUUUUUUGACAGUUUUUAAAUUGACACGUCUACAAAAAACUUUGUUUGUAAAAAUACAAGCUUUCUACUGCCUUCUUCCAGGUCGCCAAUCCAAAUAUUUCAUCGUCGAGAAGACCCGCAAAACGAAGGAAAAAGAGGCGGAAGAGGAGAAAAGUUACUCCCUAUACUUGGACAGCUCCCCCAAUCGUCACAAAUUCUCGUAUCAAGUGGAACAGGCGACUCCUCCACCGAGUUUGCCGAGUAUUUUAGCGACAACCAAUCGAACCGACUCUGCUCGAAGUCGAUGGAGGAACGUUCAUCAUGCGGAUCCAGACACGCAAUCGACAGCUUAUCUCAUCAAAAAAGAUUCAAAGUCGUCGACGGAAGGGAGUGUCUCCAAUGGCUCUGUUAUGUAA